AUGGCAGCUGUGACCGCGCUGGCCGCCCAGCCCAGGAAGUCAUGUUGCCAGCCGGGCCCCACGCUGAGAACAAAAUUGCCUGUGGUCCCAGGUCUCCAGGACGUGCGCACGCAGGAGGAAAGUGCCCCAGCAUGGUUGCUGCCAGGCGCACCCCCGGGGCCGGGCGGGCCUCCGUGGCGCCGGGCAGGGUGGCUGUGCAGCGCCCGUCACCGUGGAGGCCGUGACCGCUCGGGGUGGCCUCGACUUCCAGAAGGGCCGUGGUAUCGUGGUCCCCACCCCCUCGGUACGCUGGUUCCAAGUCGAACCAUUCAUGUCAUUGAGCUGCUGCUGGCCGUCGGGCCCAACCCAGACCCCAGGCUGCAGGCAGGAGCCGCUCUCUCCCUUGAGCCCCACUCCAUCCCCGAACUGGAAGGAAGGAGGGGAGCAAGCCGACAAGCAGAGACCACCCGAGGCCCCGGCCGCUCACCGCGGACACCGUGCCGCGCCUCGACCCUGCCUGUCGUGGCUCCUCCGGACUAUCCCCUCAGCCCUUUCCAGGCUUGGCUGCCAGGACCCUGCCUCCCCAUCAGGCUCCCAGAAGGAAGAGGCCCCGGCGGGAAUGUUCUGACCACAGACAGCACGGGCCGGACCCCACCUCAUGCUGCCCCCUCUCCAGCGGCACCCGACCUCAGAGGAUGCCCCGUCGGUCUCCUCAUCCCGGAAAGGGAGGUAACGCUUCAGAACCAGUUCUAACUCAGACCAAAGGGGAAACGUGCCGUUUGGGGACCA